AUCAGUUGCAAAAGCAUAGUGUGAAUGAGUGUUCUGGGUGUAAAUAAAUGAAAUAGCACAGAACAAGUGCCCAGACAGAAGAGUAAAUAGUGUUAAAAAAAAGAGAAAAGAACGGUUCAAAACCACUAAAAGCUGCUCAGGUGUAGACAGGUGUAUGACAUCAGUGCGCAUUGUUUUGGACAUAUUGCAUUGUUAACCUUUACUGUUAUUGCUUUUGUGUAAUAUUGCUUGUACUUUUUUUAAAUUUUAGAAUUAUAGGUGCUCAGAUUCAUAUCAGGGAUGGUGAACUUGUGGUAUGAGUCUCAUUAGACCUCUUGACCAUGACGUGACACCCCUAGACUUGACUUUUAACUCUGUUCAGAUCCAUUCAGUUUGCAGCUAAAAUAAGUAAUUUCACUUAGAAGGUGAAAUAAUAUUUUUGGAAUUCCAAAGGACAUUAGGGCUGCAACUAAUAGUUAUUUCUGCUGAGCACUGUUUCCCAAAGGUCAUAGCAACAUCCCUAAAGUGUCAACUUAUCGAUUAAUCUAAUUAAUGACUAAUCGUUGCAGCCCUUAAGGACUUUAUCAAUCUUUUCUUCGGCUGCUUUUAUUGUGCAAGAAAACACAGGUCGAAGAUCAAAAGUUAAGUCAACUACAGAGCAAUUGGCCAGCUGCUGGCAGGGAUUCUUGCUCCGGGGCACUUCAGCAGGGCAUAUUUUUGCCUACAUUGGGAAUAAAGAUGAGUCUCCUCUUGAAAGUCACAGUUCGAUUUGUGCAGAAACUGUGUUGACUUGUGUCAGCAGAAAGUGGGCUGCCACACAGACUUAACAUGUGCUCAUCAUGCAGUUUUUAGACUUCCUACUCUGUCCUCUUCAACCUACAUACUACAUACACUGCUACUUUUCUGUGUCAGUAUCUGGGGAGUGAAGUGCUGUUCGAUGCAUCAAGCCAGAGGCAGAGGUGUGAAGUGCAGAUCGGUGGGCUCCACUUCAAACAUUUUGCAGACCACGAUCAUGCUGCAGGAGGUCUCUGCAACACUCUGCUGCAAUGAUCUCAUUUGACAUAGCAGAGAAGAAGGUUACAGGUGGGGCGUGGUUUGCCAUCUGACUGAAUUAUCUCCUAGCAAGCUUCAGAAAACACCACAAAGACGUGUUUGGGGGCUAUUGUCGUCUGCAAGAUUAAAAAAAUGGACCAAAAGUGGAUUCAUAUUCUGGUGAUUCUGGUAUUUUGUCAAAAAAUGACUGCAGGAGAUGUUGCCAAGAAAACCAUAAAAGAGGGGGAGCCGGCUGAUAUUGAAUGUGAAGUUAUAGAAAAGGGCACUCUGAUCGUCUGGUUUCGAGUUCUGGACAAAUCUGGCAUGGAAUUCAUUGCCUCUUUCAGCAGUGCUGGCUUGAAAAAGCAGACUCAAACCAGCCCUUCCUCCGAAUUCAUUUACACAAGAAGCCAACACCAUAUUGUAACACUGAAGUCAUUCAACAGAGAUAAGGACAGUGGUCUUUACAGCUGUGCAUCUCUUUACAGGGGUACUGAAUUGAAAUUCGGCCCAGUAAUUCAGCUGGUCGGAGAAAAAGUUGAGGUUGCACCACCGAUCAUCACCACCACCACCAAACAAGAUCUAUGCACAACAGCCGCGCCAUGUGUCUGUGACAGCAAUAACAUUCAAGGGGGAAUCAGUCCUUCAGGUCCUUCCAUGUCUUGUAGUCCACUCAUACUGUGGCCACUGGUCAGUGGCUGUGGCCUUCUUCUUCUGCUUCUCAUCACAACCGCCUUGUACUGCAAUAUAAGGACAAAGAGAUGUCCACACCAUUACAAAAGAAAACCGCGGAACACGGCUCCUGGAAAACAAGUGACGGCCAACAGGCACAUUUAAUCUGAAUGCUGCCAUUUCACGGACGUUUCUUUAAACUGCAGUCAUCUUACAGCGUCGUUUCUAGUUGCAGAAAUCAUUUUUCCUCUUAUUUACAUUUUAACGACAUUUAUGCAAAAAGUUCACAUUGUUAAAAAGUGGAUUCAACAUGAAAUCCUUUCAAAGCGCUUCAUUAUCAUUUAGUUGCACACUGUGAUAGUCAGACUGUACCCUUUAAUGAAAUAAUGCGAUAUGAAAUGUCUGUUCAUCCAAAUCCCAAAUGAAUGUUGAAUAAAAAAACGCUGAAGGCCUGAGAAUAUUAGAAUUAAAUUAAGCACACUGAUUUAUGUUGGGUUUUUUUAUUGAAGAUUGUGCAGAUUUGUAUAUAAUUAUUUUUGCUUUUGUGUAAAUUUCAUUUUCAUAUAUGAGAUGUACUUUUAGAUUUUUACUUCUUGCUGUACUGUCCUUCAGUUCUUGUGAUUUCAACUUUUUACGCACCUCCGGAAUGACCAUAGAGAAAAACAUGUAAACAUAUUUAGGCUAUGUUUUACUACAUGAAGAAAAUAUGUUAAUAAAACGUUUCCAAAACUUUCAGCGAUUCUGCUGUCUGUGGAUCUAUCAUGCUAAAUGUGGGUUCAUUUUGGUGAGGAACGAAAUGCUGUUGCCACUAUUUAAAAGAAGUGCGUCAUGGCAAAUCAUUCACGUGUAACACCGUGAGUGCGAUCACACAAGAGUUUUCUGUGUCAGAGCUAAAACGUGCCAUAACCCACCCCGCCCUCAAUACUGUUUUCGUUGUCAGUUGUCAUGUAGGAUUGUGAUGGGAGCUGAAUGUAAAUGAUACAGGAAAUAUCCAUGAAUGGUGAGGACACGCUUUAAAAUCAGAGACUACUUCAGAACGUCAGAAAUCAUCGAUGUCUGCAUCCAUCCACAUUUUUACGCACUGAUAGAAAUCAGCUGCCAAAUGCCCUCACUGUAACUAAUCUAUGAAAACCAACCUGACAAAAAUCCUUCAUCAUAAUGAGCCCACGUUAAACACACAGGCUGCCAAUAGUUUAGCAGAUUAAAAGAAUAACCACAGUCGGUUGUGCGUCUUUACGCACGGUGGUACUUGGAUUAAGUGCGUGUUCAUAGCAUAUCUGCGUUCAACGUAGUCUUUAUUAUAGUGAAGAACUCGAUGUUAAGAUUAGGUUGAUUUUAUAGUUACCUAAGCUUAAUUGUCAGAGUGCAGUUUGUGCACUUUGUAGCUCGCUGCAUCCGCGUGUGAGAAUAUGUGGGUCCACAAACACGCUUCUUAAAGCAGGUGCACUUCAUGCAGGGGAGUAAGGCUGGUCUGCUGUGCUCUGUGCUGUGUACUGAACUCGUGCUUUGAGUUCUCAUAUUGUAAAACGUGGCCACUAUAUUUCUCCUUUCUCUCUAUGGGCACUCUGG